AAGGACUUUUGAUAAGCUUCUAAAUAAGUUUUCUUAUUAAAUUUAUUUUUUAUUAGAAAUGUCAUUAGCACCGACAAUCAAAUUAAACAAUGGUCAACAUAUGCCAGUCCUUGGUCUUGGGACUUAUUUAAGUACAAAUGACGAAGGUUACAACUCAACAAAGAUUGCACUUGAUAAUGGUUACCGACAUAUUGACACGGCAUAUUUUUAUCAAAAUGAAAAUGAAAUCGGUAGAGCUGUAAACGAGAAAGUUACGUCGGGAGAAUUGAAGAGAGAAGAAAUAUUUGUGGUAACAAAGUUGUGGAAUAUUCAUCACGAUCCCAUCCAUGUUGAAGCUGCAUGUCGUAAGAGUCUUAAAAACCUGGGAUUGGACUACAUCGACCUAUAUUUGAUCCACACGCCAAUGGGACUUGAAUACAGAGAACCAGAAGAAUUGUUGCCAAAAGAUAAAGACGGAAAUUUGGCGUUUUCUGAUGUUGAUUAUCUUGACACAUGGAAAGCAAUGGAGAAACUUGUUGAUUUAGGACUCGUGAAAUCGAUUGGAGUUAGCAACUUUAACAGUGAACAAAUCGCAAGAAUUCUUGAAAAUUGUCGCAUCAAGCCGGUCACAAACCAAGUCGAAUGUUCACCAAGUUUGAAUCAAAAGAAAUUGAUUGAAUUCUGUAAGGAACGUAACAUUACAAUCACUGGCUAUUCUCCUUUAACAAGACCUCAUUCUUACGAAAAUGAUAAAUCUUUGCCUAAGCCUGCGAUUCUUGAUCCGAAAGUCGAAGAAAUUGGAAGGAAAUACAACAAAACACCAGCACAAGUUGUUCUUCGUUAUCUCGUUGAAAUUGGUGCUUGUCCUUAUCCAAAAUCAUCUAACGAAAGUCGAAUCAAGCAAAACAUUGAAAUCUUUGAUUUUAAAUUAACAGAAAAUGAAUUAAGAGUUAUGGAUUCAUUCCACACUGGUCAACGGACGGUUCCAUUUGCGGCUUGUGCAGCUCAUAAAUAUUUCAUGUUAAACAGAGAAUUUUAA